GAAAACUGAAUUUUUCGUUGCCAAUGGCAACCUCGACUCUUUCAUUGAUUGAACAUGAAUUGUUGACUAAAUAUAUUCAUCAAUGAACAUAAGUCAUUUUUGACAAAUCAUAUUUUGAUCACUAAAAUCUAACUCUGUUAAAAAUUUCUACAUGCGGCCAUUCAAAAUUGGAACAAAUGGCCACAACAACUAUAGACAUUGCCGAUCCAACAUUCCUGAAAUGUUUCCAGAAUCAUCGUUUCUCCAUCAAUUGGAUUUCAUUCUCACCGAAUUCUCAAUAUCUAUGUUCAGCUUCGGAUGAUAAUAAUGCUAUGCUUUGGCGUCUAGAUGAUGAACAACGCACAAAUACAUGCUAUAAAUUUGUUGGUCACAAGAAUUCCGUUACUUCAGUUGCAAUGACCGAUAGUUUUAUGAUUUCUGUAUCCAAAGAUUGUACGGCACGACUUUGGCGAAUCAAUCAAGAUGAUGUUAGCAAUUGUUCAUCCGAUUCGAUACAAUACCGAUGUCAUAAAUCGCCCAUAAACAGUGUUCAUAUCAAUAUGGAUGGUAGUCAAUUCUGUACGGCCAGUGAUGAUCAAACGGUGAAAGUAUGGUCCACUGCUUGUGCCAAUAAAUUACUAUUCACCCUAAGCGGUGGCCAUUCCAAUUGGGUUCGUCAUGCUCGAUACUCGAAAUUAAAUGCUAAUCUUUUGUCAUCCUGUGCUGAUGAUGGUACGAUAUGCAUUUGGGAUAUUCGAUCCAAAGAAGCGGCCAUCCGCCUCACAUCGAAACGACGAUCCACUCAUUUUCUUGGCGUUCAAUGGCAUCCAACAUGUGAGUACAUAAUGUCAUCAUCAAGUUCGGAUUGUCUUUUACGAAUCUGGGAUCUACGAUACGAAAAAACGAUACAAUUCUAUCAGCUACACAAUGGUAUUGUAUCGUCUAGUGAUUUCCAUCCAAAUGGCAACUAUUUAAUCAGUUCGUCGAUUGAUCAUACUUGUAAAAUAAUCGAUUUACUCGAAGGUCGAAAUCUGUUCACGCUAAAAGCUCAUACCGGACCAGUCAAUUGUGCUCAAUUCUCACCUGAUGGAAAAUAUUUUGCAACUGCUGGUCAGGAUCAUGUCAUUCUAUUAUGGCAAAGUAAUCUGUCUAACAUUGAUGCUAAUGAACAUUCCGAUAAUGAUGACGAUGAUGAUGAUAUCAGAAGCAUUGGUUUUGAUCCAACUCAACAAAUGAACAAUGCAUUCGAUGUGACCACCAAAAGCAGUAGUAACACGAUGGCGUCGAAAAAAAUGAAUGGAAAUUCAUCAGAUGAUUUACUCGGUGAACAUUCAUUAAAAGUGACCAAUUCUGUGAGCAUACUAAAAUGCAUACUUCAACAAUUGGAAACUAUGACUGAUUCGAUAUUGCAGAUUGACCAACGAUUAACGCAGCUCGAGGAGAAAUUUCAAUCCAUUUCGUUCACUAAGAAUUGAUCUCUAGAUUUAUGCCAAGUUGGGUGCUAUUCAUAAAAUAAUUUAAUUUUUUUGUUAACAUAUCUUAUAUUUUCAUGUUAUUGUCAUUAGUCAUUUACAAUAUAAAGAAAAAAUUCAAUGAACAAAUCGUUUAUGCAAAACAUUAACAAAAUGAUUCCGUAAUCGAAUUCGAAAAUGA